GGGCUGCGGCCGGCGGCUCCUCCUGGAGGUUUGACCCGGGCCGGGGCAAGAGAUGCUGCGCUCCGCCCCGGGGAUUCCGGCGCGCUCGGGCCUGGCGAGGCAGGUGGGAGCCAGCUGGGAAAGGGGUCCUCCGGCCGCGUGGGGACUGCGCCCUUUCCCACGCUCGCGGCUGGGCGGCGAGGCCGCGGGAGAGAAGCAUCGUGGCGCUCGGCCAGCUGCGGCCGGAUGGCGGCCUCCGGAUCCCGGGAGAGAUGAUGUGCGAGGAGCACCGGGGUCCCGUGCGCAGUAUGUCCACUCGCCUUACGACCGUCCCUGGAACGCCCCCCGAUUCUGCAUCAUCUCUGGCAAUCAGCUCCUGAUGCUGGACGAGGAGGAGAUUCACCCUCUGCUCCUUCGAGAACGCCAGAGGGACGCCGGGCGGAACAAGCUUCUGCGCCGGACGGUCAGCGUCCCCGUGGAAGGCCGGCCCCAAGCUGAGCACGAGUACCACGCCAGCCGCUCCCGCAGGAAGAGCGUCCCGGGGGGCAAGCAGUACAGCAUCAACAUGGACGCCCCACCAGCCCCCCCAUUCCGUUCCUCGCAACAGGGUUUCCUCAGCCGCCGCCUGAAGAGCUCCAUCAAGCGCACCAAGAGCCAGCCCAAGCUGGACCGCACCAGCAGUUUCCGCCAGAUGCUGCCGCGCUUCCGGAGCGCUGACCACGACAGGGCCCGUCUGAUGCAGAGUUUUAAGGAGUCGCAUUCGCACGAGUCCCUGCUCAGCCCCAGCAGCGCAGCCGAAGCCCUGGAGCUGAACCUGGACGAGGAUUCCCUCAUCAAACCGGUGCACAGCAGCAUCCUGGGCCAGGAGUUCUGUUUUGAGGUGACCACGUCUUCGGGCACCAAGUGCUUUGCCUGCCGCUCAGCUGCCGAGAGAGACAAGUGGAUCGAGAACCUGCAAAGAGCCGUCAAGCCCAACAAGGAUAACAGCCGGCGGGUGGACAAUGUGCUGAAGCUCUGGAUCAUUGAGGCGCGGGACCUGCCCCCCAAAAAACGCUACUACUGCGAGCUGUGCCUGGACGACAUGCUCUACGCGCGCACCACCAGCAAGAUUCGCACGGACAACGUCUUCUGGGGGGAGCACUUCGAGUUCAACAACCUGCCGGCCGUGCGCACCAUCCGGCUGCACCUCUAUAAGGACACAGACAAGAAGCGCAAGAAGGACAAGAGCAACUACAUGGGCAUGGUCAGCAUCCCCAUCGCAAGCGUCACCGGGCGCCAUUUCGCCGAGCAGUGGUACCCACUCAGCCAGCCCAGUGCCAGCAAGAGCAAGGCCGGCUGCCCGGCCGUCCGGGUCAAGAGCCGCUUCCAGGCCAUGAGCAUCCUGCCCAUGGAACUCUACAAGGAGUUUGCCGAGUAUGUCACCAACAACUACCGCAUGCUGUGCGCCGUGCUGGAACCGGUCCUGAGUGUCAAGAGCAAGGAGGAGGUGGCCUGCGCCCUGGUGCACAUCCUCCAGAGCACUGGCAAGGCCAAGGACUUUCUGUCCGACAUGGCCAUGACGGAAGUGGACCGCUUCAUGGACCGCGAACACCUCAUUUUCCGGGAGAACACGCUGGCCACCAAAGCCAUAGAGGAGUAUCUCAAACUGAUUGGACAAAAAUACCUCAAGGAUGCAAUUGGUGAGUUCAUCCGAGCUUUGUACGAGUCUGAGGAGAACUGCGAGGUGGACCCCAUGAAGUGCUCGGCCUCCACCUUGGCAGACCACCAGGCCAACCUCCGCAUGUGCUGCGAACUGGCCCUCUGCAAAGUGGUCAACUCCCAUUGCGUGUUUCCCCGGGAGCUGAAGGAGGUCUUUGCCUCAUGGCGGCUGCGCUGUGCCGAGAGGGGCCGGGAAGACAUCGCCGACCGCCUCAUCAGCGCCUCCCUCUUCCUGCGCUUCCUAUGUCCGGCCGUCAUGUCCCCCAGCCUCUUCGGCCUCCUGCAGGAGUACCCGGACGAACAGACGUCCCGCACCCUCACGCUCAUUGCCAAGGUCAUCCAGAACCUGGCCAACUUCAGCAAGUUUGGCAGCAAGGAGGAGUACAUGGCGUUUAUGAACGAGUUUCUGGAGCUGGAGUGGGCCAGCAUGCAGCAGUUCCUGUAUGAGAUCUCCAACUUGGACACCCUCACCAACAGCACCAGCUUCGAGGGCUACAUCGACCUCGGCCGGGAGCUCUCCACGCUGCACGCUCUGCUCUGGGAGGUCCUGCCCCAGCUCAGCAAGGAAGCCCUGAUCAAGCUGGGCCCGCUGCCCCGUCUGCUGAACGAAAUCAGCCUAGCUCUCAGGAACCCCCACAUCCAGCGGCAGCCCAGCCACCAGGGCGAGCGGCUCCAGGCCAAGCCGGUCAUCCUCCGCGGGCCCUCGACUGACAUGCAGUCUUCGUACAUGAUGCGCGACCUCAACAGCUCAGUUGACAUGCAGCCCUACAUGAUGCGAGCCAUGAACAGCUCCAUCGACAUGACACGCUUGCCCUCCCCGACCAAGGAAAAGGGGUCAAAAGACAUGUUCUUUGUGCCGCGGCCGCCCCUGGCCCGCUCCUCCCCCGCCUACUGCACCAGCAGCUCGGACAUCACCGAGCCAGACCAGAAGGUGCUGAGCGUCAACAAGAGCGUCUCCAUGCUGGACCUGCAGGACAGCCGCAUGAACAGCGUCUCCAACCUGCACAGCGUAGGCGACCUGCUCAACAGCAGCCAGGCCUCCAUCACCGCCGGCAUGGGUCUGCGGCCCAGCCGGCUCUCCCAGGGCAGCGGCUCCAGCAUCGCGGCCGGCCUGCGGCUGAGCCAGAUGGGCGUCACCACCGAUGGAGGCGGCCCCUCCUCUGCACAGCAGCUUCGCAUCCCCCUCUCCUUCCAGAACCCCCUCUUCCACAUGGCCUCUGACGGGCCGGCUGGCGGCCCGCUCCAUGUCUCCCAUCCGCACCGGCCAGCGGAGGGCAACCCCGCUGAUACCUUCGCCCCCUUCCAUGGUUACAGCAAGAGCGAGGACCUCUCGGCCAGCAAGCACAUCAUCCACAGCCACAGCUACAGCGACGAAUUCACGCGCCAGGGCUCGGAGUUCACCAAGCGCCAGCUGUCCCUGCAGGAGAACCUCCAGAACAUGCUCUCCCCGCCCCAGAUCACCAUCGGCCCCCAGCCCCAGCGCUCGGCCCCCGCCCCUCAGCCGCAGCCCCCCCUGCAGCGGGGCAAGUCCCAGCAGCUGACGGUCUCUGCGGCUCAGAAGCCUCGGCCCUCCAGCGGGAACCUGCUGCAGCCGGAGCCCACCUACGCCCCCACCCACGCCCGCCAGCAGUCGGUCACCAAGGAGGCGCCUUCCGCCCUCAAGCCAUCCAUCACCAAGCAGACCUCGCACACGCCCUCCACGCUGAAUCCCAUCCUGCCGGCCUCGGAGCGGACUGUGGCCUGGGUCUCCAACAUGCCCCACCUCUCGGCGGACAUCGAGAGCUCCCACAUCGAGCGGGAGGAGUUCAAGCUGAAGGAAUACUCCAAGUCCAUGGAUGAGAGUCGGCUGGACCGCGUGAAGGAGUAUGAGGAGGAGAUCCACUCGCUGAAGGAGCGCUUGCACAUGUCCAACCGGAAACUGGAGGAGUACGAGAGGCGCCUGCUGAGCCAGGAGGAGCAGACUGGAAAGAUACUGCAGCAGUACCAGCAGCGCCUGGAGCAGAGUGAGAAGCGCCUCCGGCAGCAGCAAGUGGAGAAGGACUCGCAGAUCAAGAGCAUCAUUGGCAGCUUGUCCCUGCAGGUUGAUGCUAGUGGAGGAGGAGGAGCUGCGCAGGGAUCACUCGGGCGCCCUCGACACCUCCGAACCGCGGAAGCGGCUGCUCGACGCUCAGGAGAGGCAGCUUUCCGCCGUGGGUGCAGCAAACCCGCGUCUGAGCGGCGUUAUGGGUCCGCCCUGGAACGGGAUCCUACCCGGGCAACCGCCUCCGCUCCCGCGACUCCAGAUCACGGAAAAUGGAGAGUUUCGCAGCACCGCGUCUGAGCACUAGCGACUGCCCCCUGCCUCGUCCCGCCCCCCCACCAGCCAGCGGGCAGCCGUGGGGCGGUGGGUGGGGCGGGGGGCUAGUCUGGAAUCACACGCCGGGGGCCGGGGAAGGGUCCGGAGGCAUUCAGGGUGUUUUAUAGCAGGACAGAGACGACAAUCUUACCUACCCCUCGUGCCCGCCUGGGACCGCCCGUUCUUGGACAGAGCCGUGGACGGUGCCUGCCCCUCCCCUCCCCUCCCCCGUACUUCUCAGGAGUGGCAUCCCUCCCCCCGACUCUUCACUUUUCUCAAGGCAGCGGCGGAAGGGGGUCUCCAGCCCUCCCCUCUGCCCCCCAACCUCUGCGUUGCUGGGGAAGGGCGCGUGGCCUCGGGGGAGGGCAGGCUGGUCCCGGUUCCCCCUUCGAGCGCUCUCCUCAGCCGGCCGCCGGGACGGUUGGGGGUCCCUCCCGCACGGGCCCCCUCCCCUCGCGCCUUCCCGGGGGGCCAGGGCGCAGGGGGUCGGUCCCUCCCCAAGAGCACCACUAGGCCUGCCCCCUUCUCUCCCCCCAAGUAAUCUGUGCCCCCUUCUCUGACAAAGGGCUUUGCCUCUCUGUACAGCAUCCCUCCCCCCCCCGCAGGACUCCCUGGGGGUCUCUCUCUUCUUGGGGCGGGGGGGCCAAUGCAGGGAGAGGGGAGCUCCCUUCUUCCUCCCCUUCCCCUUCUCCCGUCUCCCCGGAGGGGGCUCAUCAAACUCGCAAAAGAAGCCAUUUUUCGGAACUGCCCAGCUGCAGGGUGCUGCUCAGGGCGGGGCGGGGCUCGUGCCCCCCGCCGGAGAAAGCGAAGGGAGGGGACCGGCUCCCGACUCGACUCGUGUGGUGCUCGCUCGCGUCCGUCUGUCCGUCCGUCCGUCCGUCGUGCUCGUCCCGGGGCUGCCGCUGGGUGGAAGUGUUUGGCGCGCGCCGCUGCUUCGUCGUGGUGUUUCUUUCUCGCUCUCCCGCUGCAUCCCCCCUCCCUCCCUCCCCCCCACGCCGUCCGCCCCCCCCU